AGCCGAUAUAACUUUCAUGUCUCAAACCUGUAAAAAGCGUCUUUCAGGUCUCAUCUUGCCAAAUGUGAUGACAUCAACAAACGACCUAUCCGCUUUUCUCAUCCAAACCCAUUCCCUCCCAUCAAAUGGCCUCCGUCGUCUAUCCACACUCUCACCACCCUGUCGCCGCCGCAGCGGCGCCGAUUUUCCGAAAUCAAACUUCUCCAAUGCUUAUAGUUCUUCUUCCUCCACCGAACACCGACAUAUAAGAUCGGAGGAGAAAGCAUGGGCUCACUGGAGGAAACUCAAGCAGCCGAAGCUUAUAGUGGCGCCAAUGUAUGAUGCUUCAGAGCUUCCCUUCCGAAUGCUAUGCCGGAAAUACGGCGCCGAAGCUGCUUAUACACCUAUGCUUCACUCUCGAAUCUUUGCGGAGAGCAAUAAAUAUCGAUCCAAAGAAUUUACCACCUGUAAGGAAGAUCGUCCGCUGUUUGUCCAAUUCUGUGGAAACGAUCCGGAGAUCUUACUCGAAGCAGCAUAUCGAGUGGAAUCAUAUUGCGAUUAUGUCGACAUUAACUUGGGGUGUCCUCAACGUAUAGCCAGAACCGGAAACUAUGGUGCAUUUCUCAUGGAUGAUCUUCCUCUAAUCAAAUCUCUGGUCACAAAACUAGCCACAAACCUCACAACCCCAGUAUCCUGCAAAAUCCGCUUAUUUCCAUCACUCCACGACACAAUAAACUACGUGAAACUGCUAGAAGAUUCCGGUUGCUCACUGAUCGCCGUCCAUGGCAGAACCAGAGAUGAAAGAACAAAAGAAAGAGCCAACUGGGACGCCAUUAAAUCCGUCAAAUCCUCUGUCAAAAUCCCAGUUCUUGCAAACGGAAACAUACGUCACAUGGAUGAUGUUGAAAAAUGUUUGGAAGUUACAGGUGUUGAUGGAGUAAUGUCGGCGGAGGCUUUGCUUGAUAAUCCGGCGUUGUUUGGUGGAUUUAGAAGUGGGGAUUGGGUGGUGGAGGGUGAUGAUGGGUUUGAAGAUGGGGGAGUGGAUCGAGGGAGGUUGGUGGUGGAGUACUUGAAACUUUGUGAGAAGUACCCUGUGAAAAUGGGUAUUAUUGUUUCUCAUAUUUAUGGAAUGUUGGGGAAGUGGUUUGAUUUGCAUCCUGAUGUGAGGGAUGAUUUUAAUAAAGAAAAGGAACUUAGUUUUGAGUAUAUUUAUAGAAUGGUGGAUCGGCUUCGGGCUCGUGGUGUACAAUUUCCUUUGUAUGUGAAGAAGAUUCGAUCAUAA